AUGGCCAUCGAAAUGGCCAGCCUAGUUGGCGUUUCUAUUGGAAACUCUGCUGAAGAGGCUGGCGGCAACUGGUGUUGGAGCACGGGCCAUAGAAGACCGGAUACCGCGCGCUCUGUGAAGCUCUGCUUCGUCUUCUGGCGCCAAUCUGCUAUUAACGGCGAGGAGGUCGUCGACACUGGAUCUCACCCCGUCCAGACCACCUUCUGUCUCAUUGGCCCAAAGACCAAAGAGUUGUUAGCCGCCGGGGGACUGAGUGCCAAGUAUAGUACUGGCGCACAUACGCAUUCUCGACCUGUCCAAUCACAAGCAAAACGCGGAAGUCACAGGCCAAUCACGCGCGGGUAUCUGCAGGCGACGCUCAAGCUCGACACUACAGUUCCACAUUCACACUUUGACGAUCUCUUCUCCUCAUCCACCGUCUCCCCGAUUAUCGUCGCCUUCACAUUCAUCUUUGCCGUCUUCGUCUUCGUCUUCGUCUUCGUCUUCGUCUUCAUCGCCAUAUCCAACGACCUCUCUUGCGCGCUCUCUUCAACGCGUCAACAAUCCUUCGCCCUCGACCUAAAACGCGGCCAAGAACCAACGGGCGCUCUAUUGCACCCACACGACUGGGCGACCCACUACCCACAAACAGAAACCCGCAAUCCCACCCUGGCGCCAUUCGCGACCUACUGA